AUUCAUAUUUUGUAUGGAUUAAUCAAUCAUUCAGCCGUUUUUCUGGACAUGCUGCACCUACAAAGCUCAAAGCCCCUUGUUUGCAUGGCAUUAGCAUAUCUCUGUAAACUGUGCCGAUACCACAUUGAUAUUGCACAACUGUUUGCAUUCACCAAAUUGCGGAAGUAUGUGUGUUGAAAUGAAACUAGCUGGGAGAAGACAGCUGAAUACUACAAAGAACUUUUUAUUGUUCAUAACCCGUUUCUUUUGGGACAGUGGUAAAACUGCGUGUUCUCUGGUGUGCUUCUAGCCUGACAAAAGCUCAGUUAAGAAUCUACAGGUGCUUCUGAGAAAAUGACAGAAGACUUGGACUGUUUGGUUCAGGAUUUAAUUUAUUUUUAUACAUUCCCAUUAUUUGAAAAAUUUCAUCCACUCGGUGAAGAAAUUGACAUAAUCUUUGAUUUGACAAGUACUUACACAGAUACUUUGCUUUGGAAGAAAGACAUUCAUAACCUUCGCUUUGGACAGCUAUCUUUAAAAACUCUCUUAGAGGAACUCAAAAACCCCUGUAUCAUAGAGGGAGAAGCUGGCAAAGGGAAAACAACUCUUCUCAAGAAGAUUGCUUUACUCUGGGCUAAGGGAGAUGAUCCUUCAUUGUCAAAAUUCAAGCUUGUCUUCUUCAUUAGCUUGAGUGGUGCACAGGAAGGAUUGUAUGAAACCGUGUGCGAACAGCUUCUUACAAAGGACUAUAGGAUAUGCAAAAAAGACUUCAUGAAGAUUUUAGUUUCUCUAAGAGAAAAAGUUCUCUUUCUCUUAGAUGGCUAUGAUGAGUUCAAGUCCCAGAGCUGCCCAGAAAUAGAAUCACUGAUAAAAGAAAACCAUAAAUUCAAAAACACAGUCAUUGUGACUACAAGAACUGAGACAAUUAGUAGUCUGAGGCUUUUUGGGUCAUUGAUUGUUGAGACAGGUGAUCUGACUGUGGAAAGUGCAAAACAGUUGGUUAGGAAGGUACUGAGAACAGAAGAAUUAGCUGGGGGUCUUUUGUCGCAACUGGAGAAAACAGAUUCCACAUUCCAGAAACCGGGCUCUCAGACUGACAGUCUUAUGAAGACCCCCUUAUUUGUGGUCAUUGCAUGUGCUAUCCAAAUGGGAGAGACCACUUUUAACCCACACACACAAACCACUCUGUUCUCUACACUACAUGACUUGCUGGUGGGGAAAAACAGGUACAAGACUAGAGAGCUGCGUGAUGAACACUUUCGUCUAAGCAUAAUCCAUUGUGGAGAUUUAGCCCUAGAUGGAAUAUUUGAGCAGAAAUUUAAUUUUCAGCCUGAGGAUAUCUCCAGCGUAAAAGAACAAGUCCUGUUAGCUACAGGUCUCAUGAACAAAUAUACAGCGCAAAGAAUAAAGCCUGUAUAUAGAUUUUUUCAUAAAUCUUUCCAAGAAUAUACAGCGGGCAGGAGACUUGCCAAGUUACUAACAUCUCGGAGGAACGAAGAGGUGGUCACAGGUUAUAGUUACCUACAAAAAAUUGACAACAUCUCAGAUAUUAUUACGACAUACCACAGUUUACUGCUCUACACCUGUGGGUCAUCUGCUGAAGCUACUAGCAAGGUUAUUCGGCACUUAUCAAUCAUUCAUCAACAGAGCAGUCGUUUUAUGUUACCUCUUUCUCCCACUGGUCUAUCAUCAGAACUACAGCUUAUGGCAAAUGAAUGGAAGGAUGAAGAGGAAGAAGGAUUAAUGGCCACUUGGGAAAACUCAUUUGUGGAGUGUGCAAUUUGCUUCCUUUAUGAAAGUACCUCUGAAACUUCAGAGAAAGAGGAGUACGAGGAAUUCUUCAUUGGUAAAAGUCUAUACAUCAAUACUCAAACCAUCCCUACCUAUAUCUGUGGGUUUUUUGAACAUUUUUCUCAGUGUGUGAGUAGGCUAGAACUCAUCAAAUUAGACUUUUUUGGCACCUCUUCACUGGUCAAUACAAAAGAUGAGUGUUCUCAAACAUCUCCAUGGAAAACAGUCAUUCCAGAAAAGGCUGUCUCCUUAUUCUUUAACUGGGACCAAAAGCUCAAUUCUUUAGUGAUGACACUCAAAGAUUUCAACAAAUUAGAAAGAGGUGAUGUCAAGUAUCUGGAAAAAAUAUGCUGUUCUGCCUCAGAUCUCAGGCUCCAUAUCAGCAAAAGUCCUGGACUCACAGGAAAGCUGAAGGACGUUCUCAACAGUUGCACAAAUCUGCAGGAUCUUAUUGUGGAGUCCACACCCCUUACAAUAGAAGAUGAGCAUCAGAUAGCAAAAAUGAUGGGACUGAAAACUAUAAAGCUAAAAGAUCUGCAAAAUGAAAAUAUAGAUGGAGGUCUUCUUGACGGAAUAUCUCUCCUUGUCAAUGUGGAAAAAGUUAUCUUUGACAACAUCAAGAUGAAUGAGGCCACUGCUAAAAAAUUAGGUGAAGAUAUUAAACAUUUGAAAAAACUGCACUUCCUGCAGCUGAGUCAUCUUAUGGAUAUUGGGAAUGGAAUGACACACAUAGCAAAGUCAGUAUUCUCCUGCCUUAUAGAUUUGGAAGAAAUUCAUCUUGUCAAUACCUGCCUUUCUGGGGGUGAUCUGGAAAUUCUAGUCCAGAAUAUUUGCAAUUUACAUAAACUUCAUGCACUCAAUUUAUCUGAUAAUUUUCUGGGAAAUGAUGGAAAAGAAGCUCUUUGUCAAUUGGUUGACAAGUUAAGUGUUCUGCCAAAGAUGAAAGUGCUGAUGUUCCCCUCGACGGAUGAAGGGAAUGUUUGUCUUGCUAAACUUCAACAGCUAGAAUGCAUGCCACAGCUAACAAAACUUGGGCUGAAGAAAUGGGCCAUCACAGACUCUGAGACUGAAGUUCUUGGUUUACUUCUUGAAAAGACAUCCCUGAGAUACCUCCAGCAUCUGGACCUGGCAGACAACUGCAUGACGAGUCACGGGUGGCUUACCAUCCUAGGACCUUUAUCCAAUCUCAAGAAGCUGGCAGUUCUGGAUUUCAGCCAGCAAAGCUUUUUGCCUUCUGCCCAGCUAGUCUUGGAACUGGCUCGAUUGAUAACAAAGUUGGCAUGUUUACAAGGGAUUUAUUUAACUGGCUGGCAAUUUGAUGCUCAUGAUCUCCGGGAAAUUAACAAAGCAAAGCAAAGUCAUAGAAAUGAGCUGCAAUUAAUCAUUUCUUAAACAAGAACAGUUCUGAGCACAGGACCC